GUUCACUACAGUAGUCAUCGAUCAGCUCACUCGUACACAGCUAACUAGCUAGCUGCUGCUAGUAGGAACCUUGCGACGACCAAGCAACCAUCAAGAGAAAACCAUGGCGCACAAGCUCCCGGCCAUUAUUCUCCUGGCCGUCCUCCUGGCGCUCGGCGCACCGCUGGUGGUCGUCGCCGGCGACCCCGACAUGCUCCAGGACGUCUGCGUCGCUGACUACCAUUCCCUCAAGGGCCCUCUGAGGCUGAACGGAUUCCCGUGCAAGAGGCACGAGAACGUGACGGCGAACGACUUCUUCUCCGGCUUGCUGGCCAAGCCCGGCAACACCGGCAACGCGGCGGGGUCGGCGGUGACGGCGGCGACCGUGGAGAGGCUCCCGGGGCUCAACACCCUGGGCGUGUCCCUGGCGCGGAUCGACUUCGCGCCGUGGGGCGUCAACCCGCCGCACACCCACCCGCGCGCCACCGAGAUCAUCUUCGUCCUCCACGGCUCCCUCCGCGUCGGCUUCAUCACCACCGCCAACAGCCUCUUCGCCCGCACCCUCCGCCGCGGCGAGGUCUUCGUCUUCCCCCGCGGCCUCGUGCACUUCCAGAAGAACAACGGCCGCGCCCCCGCCGCGGUCGUCUCGGCCUUCAACAGCCAGCUGCCGGGCACGCAGGCCGUCGCCCAGACCCUCUUCGGCGCCUCGCCGGCGGUGCCCACCGACGUGCUGGCCAGGGCGUUCCAGAUCGACGCCGGCCUCGUCGAGGCCAUCGAGUCCAAGUUCUUCCCACCCAUGUAAGCUAGGCACGCGCAUGCAUGCGGCCAAGCAGAUGGUGAUUUCGUUUCGAUAGGGCGUGUGUCAAUAAUUGCAUUGGUUGGGUUGUUUCGUGUGCGGUGGUACGGUCAUGCAGAUGGCCUGGCUCUCAUGGGGGCCUCGACACUCCAGUGUUGUUGCUCUUCAAUUUCAGCGUGAACCAUUUGUGUAAGGUGUGGUAUAUGCUAUCCAUCAACUGAAGAAAAUGAAUUCCCCGAUUGUCUCUAUUA